CCAUUUUUACACUCAAAUUUCUCCGCCCGAUGGAGCUGUCGUCGCUCAACGUGCAUGUCGGGAAAAUGUGAGGUUAGAUUUAUUUGUUUACCAUUUUCAAGGAGUGUAAAUUGCUCGAGAAAUCGGAGGAAAAGGAAGAAAAACAGACUAGACAAUAUGGGAAAGCAGAAGAAAACACAGAAGAUUCAGAAGCAACGGCUGGCAGGGCUGAAGAGGAUGAUCAAGCCACGCGACAAUCGACUGAAGGCGGCCGACAGAGCGCCCCCGAAGAAGAAGAAAGCAGACCCCCAUGUGAUAAAGAUCCACGACACCCCGCAAGUCAGUUCGGCGCUCUUCUUCCAGUACAACACACAAUUGGGGCCGCCGUAUCACAUCCUCGUGGACACGAAUUUCAUCAACUUCAGCAUCCGCAGCAAACUGGACAUCAUCAAGAGCAUGAUGGACUGCCUGAUGGCCAAGUGUAUCCCGUACGUGACGGACUGCGUGAUGGCGGAGCUGGAGAAGAUGGGCCAUCGGCACAAGGUGGCCCUGCAGAUUGUCCGGGACAGUCGAUUCGAGCGGCUGACGUGCAUGCACAAGGGCACCUACGCGGACGACUGCCUGGUGAACAGGGUGACGCAGCACAAGUGCUACAUCGUGGCGACGAAUGACAAGGAUCUGCGGAAUCGCAUCCGCAAGAUUCCCGGCGUGCCGGUGAUGUACGUGGCGCAGCACAAGUACGCCAUCGAGCGCAUGCCGGACGCCUACGGAGUGCCGAUGUAGAUUUUAGAUUGCUUCCGGGAGGGGCAGAAAAGUCUCACGCGAGCUUACAAUGAUUUGAUAUAUAUUUCCAAUCUUAAUUAACCCUCAUACAAUUAAAUACUUUUUCUCGUCAUUACGCGUUUCUCUUUUCAUCUUUCUCUCUUCAUUUUAAAUAUAAGUCAAUAUAGUGUAACCUUUUUUUGUCUCAGUCCAUUUUUUCAAUAGAUUUUACAAAAAUUAAAUUCAUUUCAUCCCCAACCUCGUAACCGCUAAAAGUGCUACAAAUAAUUUUGUCUUUUUUGCCUUAUUUUCUCGAAAUCAAAACACAAAAACCUCGUCCUUGUCCCGUCAGAAGAACAAACAAAAAAAGAGAAAGGAAAACUUACAAGCUAGACAGAAUUUAUAUAGACUAUUUUCUUUUUAUCAUACAAACAAGGAUGGUAAGAAAAGAAUAUAAUGACUAAAAAGAAUCCUAAAAGAAAAAUUGUCACGAAAUCAUCUCAAUUUCUUGUUAAAAAGAAUAUUCUUUAAGAUAAAAAGAAAGAGAAAAAUGCACAACCAACAAACAAGUUAGGAGAAAAUUCUCUCAUCUAAUUUUACGCUUUUUUUUUUAUCUAUUCUUUGAUUUCUCUCUUUUCUUCUUCUUCUCCACACCACAACUAAAUCUUAACGUGUCUCAAUCUCUUAAUCUCCUAUUAUUUACAAUAUAGUUAAUACAUUUUCGAAAACAAA